AUGGACAUCGACAUACUCUGUGCUGACCGUAUGGACAUCGACAUAGUCUGUACUGGCCGUAUAUACAGCGACAUAGUCUGUACUGACCGUAUGGACAUCGACAUAGUCUGUACUGACCGUAUGGACAUCGACAUAGUCUGUACUGACCGUAUGGACAUCGACGUUGUCUGUACUGACCGUAUGGACAUCGACAUAGUCUGUACUGACCACAUAUACAUCGACAUAGUCUAUACUGACCGUAUGGACAUCGACAUAGUCUAUACUGACCGUAUGGACAUCGACAUAGUCUAUACUGACCAUAUGGACAUCGACAUAGCAGUUACUAACCAUAUGGACAUCGACAUAAUCUAUACUGACCGUAUGGACAUCGACAUAGUCUAUACUGACCAUAUGGACAUCGACAUAGUCUAUACUGACCGUAUGGACAUCGACAUAGUCUAUACUGACCGUAUGGACAUCGACAUAGUCUAUACUGACCGUAUGGACAUCGACAUAGUCUGUACUGACCGUAUGGACAUCGACAUAGUCUGUACUGACCGUAUGGACAUCGACAUAGUCUGUACUGACCGUAUGGACAUCGACAUAGUCUGUACUGACCGUAUGGACAUCGACAUAGUCUGUACUGGCCGUAUAUACAGCGACAUAGUCUGUACUGACCGUAUGGACAUCGACAUAGUCUGUACUGACCACAUAUACAUCGACAUAGUCUGUACUGACCACAGAACAUCGACAAAGUCUAUUCUGACCGUAUGGACAUCGACAUAG